GGGUGUAUAGAUCAGUUGGUAAAGCAUUGGGCUUUUAACCUAAUGGUCGCGGGUUCAAGUCCUGCUAUACCCA